UAUGUAGGGCUUGUUCAUCUUGUGUGACCUAAUCUUCUUCUCUCUUCGACGCCGGCUUUCAAGCUCAGUCGUCCCGCAUUGGCCGGAGAUGGAUCCUGUGGAAAAGAUUCCGAAGAUUGAUCCCGUGGAAGCAGUGGAGAAGAUAUUGAAAUACAGUUUCUCGAACAAGAGCCUUCUCAAGGACGCGCUACUGUUCAGUCGUGAAAAGCCUGAAACCGCUCGGGUUCAGUUCCUCGGCGAAGCAGCUCUUGCUCAGGCCUUCACGAAUCACCUCUUUCUCGCGUACCCUAACCUAGAACCCAAGGAAUUGACUGAUCUGCGAUCUUCAAAUGUAAACGGCGAGAAGUUCGCUCGCGCCGCCGUCAAUCACGGCCUCUUCCAGUUCAUUAUUGGCGAUGUUGACACACACACAGCUACAAGGGUUAAAAACUUCACAGAGGCUGUGCGCAAAGAAGAUGAUCCAGGUCCUUAUGCGUUAGGUAGAAGUAGAAUCGUUAAAGCCACCCCAGCAAUUCUCGGUGACAUUGUAGAGUCUGUAGCUGGAGCUGUUUACAUUGAUGUGAAUUAUGAUGUACGAAGACUCUGGGAGAUCUGCAGGGGUAUUUUCGAGCCAAUAUACACAUUCGAUGAUAUGCGGAGGCAACCUCAGAUAAUCGCUACGCUGUAUCGUAUAGCUGAGAAAUACGGGAAGCGGGUCCAAAUCAGGCAAAGUCAAGGUGCAGACGGAUUGUUUAAGGUUGCUGUGUAUCUUGAUGAUGAAUUCAUAGCUGGUGGGGUACCUAAACCGACCGCAAAACAAGCAAAGCUGGCCGCUGCUAGGGACGCGUUAUCGAAAUUGUCAGAGAGUAUGGUCAUUGAAAUGGUUAUGGAUGACGAUAAUCUAGACAUUGAUAUUGACGAUGCCAGAAAGAAGCUGAUUGAGAUUUGCAAGAAGAGAAAAUGGCCCUGCCCGACUUACAAGGUCUGGAAUAGAAACAAUCAGGGAUAUGCUUGUUCAGUUUCGAUUGAGACUACAGGUGAAGAAGAAACCUUAUCCAUUAUGGGAGAGAGAAGGAAAAGGAAAAAUAUAUCACAAGACGCCGCAGCCUCCCUAAUGAUCAGAGCCUUGAAGUAUGUUUAUAAAGAUGAUUUGUAAAGUCAUAAAAUUGCAUCUACCUUUUGAACCACUAAUACCCUCUUGUAACAAUUGUAAAACCGCUUUUGGGUCUUCUUCUGUCUUAGACUUCUUUAGGUUGAUAGGUGUAAGGAGAAGAAGCUUGACCUUGUUUAUCAUUAUCUCAUCAUGGAUUUAGUCUAAA